AUCACCCUAUGGGACUAUGGGACUACUCUGUGGGCGGAAUUCCUGAUCAUUCUCCAUCUUCAGGGUUCCAAUAUACUCGAUCGCCUCGUGGACUAGCAUGGUCUCACGGACCGCAGCAGCCUUUGUCGACCCCAUCAGAGACAUAUACGAGGCUUUCACCAUCUACACAUUCUUCCAGUUGUUAAUCAAUUACUUGGGCGGAGAACGAGCCCUCAUUAUCAUGACCCAUGGUCGCGAACCGAUUCAUCAUCUCUGGCCGAUGAACCACGUCCUCCCUCGAGUUGAUAUUUCCGAUCCGCAUACCUUCCUCGCCAUAAAGCGCGGCAUCUUGCAAUAUGCAUGGAUGAAGCCAGUCUUGGCCUUAGCGGCUGUUAUCAUGAAAGCAACUGGGACCUACCAUGAGGGAGACAUCAAACUCAACUCGGGCUAUUUCUGGAGCGGCAUUAUCUACAACAUCAGCGUCACAGUCAGCUUGUACUCUUUGGGCUUGUUCUGGGUAUGCAUGAACAACGACCUAAAGCCUUUCCGACCAAUGCCCAAGUUCCUGUGUGUAAAGGCCAUUAUCUUUGCAUCUUACUGGCAAGGCUUUGCCCUUGGAAUUCUGGUGUUCCUUGGCGCUUUCCCGAAUGUCGAAGGCUACACACAAGACGGCCUUGCGGCAGCCAUUCAGGACUUCCUCAUUUGUCUCGAGAUGCCAGCCUUUGCCAUUGCUCAUUGGUAUGCCUUCUCUUGGCACGAUUUUGCCGACAGCAGAGUGUCUGCCGCAAGAAUGCCGGUCAAGUAUGCGAUGAGGGACGCCUUCGGAAUUCGCGACUUGAUACAGGACUCCAAGGAAACUUUUACGGGCGACAAGUACGGUUACCGGGUCUUUGACUCGGGCGACAAGAUCAUGGCACAUGAGCAGUCACGGUCGAGACUGGCCAGACUUAAGGAAGGCAUGCGAUAUGAGCGAGGAGGCAAGGGCAAAUAUUGGAUACCAAGACCCGACGAAAUCAACCAAAACACUCCGCUGUUGGGUGCAAACGGCGGCCCGAGCAGGAGGAGCAAUUCCUCCUCUCCGCACCACGAUGAUUCUGACGAGCUUAUACUUGAUCCAGAGGAAGAACAACUCUACGCAGGAGCCAGGAAACUCGAGUUUGGUGACUGGAACUAUCCCGUCAUUACAGCCAACGAGCCGUGGAGAGAUCGUUAUCGAUCACCUCAUCCCAGUCUCUUCCAAAACACUCCGACCGGGAGCUUUUACAAUCGAUCGUCCUCAAGCAGAAGCUCGGUGCCCACGCUUAACCCCAGGGAUCCUCUCGAAAGGCGCAAGAAGGAGGCACCAGAAGGCCCUGAAGCUCUUCCCAACGACAAGAAAGGCAAAAAGAAGGCGGACGCAAAUGGUCAACGGGCUACGAACUCUACCCCAGACAAGGGCAUGGAUCCCUUGGAGAUCGCAUAUGGCCCCAUGAUGGGCACAACCUCCAAACUUACAGAAGACGACUUCAGAGUCGACGAUGUCAGUCCUCAUCAUCCGCACGGGACAUCACCCGGGCAUGAUGCUUCACAUGAUGUUGAGGAUGACGGAAAAAGUACCCCGGUCACGGAAGUGUCUAACCACUGGGGUCAUGCUACGGAUACCGAAGGGGACGGCGAAGAAGAGAGGAGCCCACAUUUUACCGUUGGUGGCGAAGAGGAGUUUGACAACGUGUGGGGGAGGUGACAUUAUGUUGCUUGAAGCGCUGUUUUUGCUUUGAGUUUUUUCCUUUCCUUUUUCGAGCUUUCGUGUUACAGGAAUUGUUCUGGUGUCAAAGAGACUGUGGUAUGGAUGCAUACAGGUUCAAAUAGGUUAUGCGGGAGUCAGAUUGGCGUUGGCGUAGGACCCUGUUGUUUGUUUAGGCAUAGCAAAUCUGCAAGUUGAGCAUUCGUAGACAAUAUCUUCAUCUAAGCACACACAUGGUACUCUGGUUCUCGUGUGUUGGCAACCACUGGCCUACCUUGCAA